CAAUUUAGUGAUGUGGAGAAACCUGGAUCAUCCAUGGCUUCUCUUGGGUUGUUGAUUUUACGCCCUUUCCAAUUUAUGGCGAAUUAUGGAAGCAUGGCCCUACUAAAACAUCUCCACCUCUCUGUCUCUUCCCUCAAUACAAAUCAUGCUACUGAUGAACGAUUAUCAUCUCGCUAGUUAAAAGAAACAGCAAGGAGCUCCACAUCGCGCCCAUACCGGCUUCAGUAGACAUCGCUUUGAAAAUAACAGCAGCAAGAUAAGAAAAAUCUAUCACUGUAGCAGAGGGCCCUGCGAGUGAGAGAGGGAGUGGGUUAAAGGGUCCUGCUUUUGUUGGCAUUAAAGGGCUCUUCUUUCUUUUCUUUCUUGAUGGAUGGUGGGGAAGCAGUUCAGUAGCUACUGACAUUGAAGAAAUCAUGGAGCUUUUUUCUCUUUAUUGGUGGAUGGAAUCUGCAAAUCUCUUGAAUGGGUUCCUGCUAAUUUGAAGCUGUGGUGGUGUUGUGGGUUUAGUUCAAUAAUUUCAGUGUAGUUGAUAUCUUUUGACCCUCUUGAGCUUGGAUUUCAACAGCUUCAGCUUCAAUUCAGUUUAGAGGGAAAUUGUAGAUCUGGGAUGAAGAAAAGUUGCAAACUUUUGAGGAUCUGGUGGUGAGGUCAAAAUCCUCUAUGACUUGUGUCUCAGUGAUGGAGUGGAAUCACAAGCCUCAAUUGCAAUGGGACUGGGAGAAUCUCAUAAUGUACAAUCCAAAUUCUGCCGAGAAUCCGAAUCCCAGGAAGCUAGAUGGUAACUUAGAUUGGGAAUUUGACGAUGGGGUAAGAGAAGCAGCUGCUGAUUCUGGUUCAUUCUUCUCAUCCGGAGGCUGCUGCAAUGACAACUCUGGUGGUUCCAUCUCUGAAUUGGGUCUCGCUGCUGGUUCUUCUUUCUCUUCAAAGUCAGCUUCCAUCACCAAUUCUUCAUCCACCGGAGAAGCCAAGCCAAUCAAUACUACAGGUGAGCCUCUGCUUGGUUUGAAGCUUGGGAAACGAACUUAUUUCGAAGACUCGAGCUGUGGGAGCAAUUGUAAGGCUGGGCCUGCUGCUACUGUUGUUGCUGCUGCUGCUGCUGCUAAUUUAGCAAAGCGAUCGAAGUCGAAUUGUGUGGCUGUGUUCUGCCAGGUGGAAGGGUGCAACCUCGAUCUCUCUGCGGCCAAGGAUUACCAUAAGAAGCAUAGAGUUUGCGAAGGGCAUUCAAAGUGUCCGAAGGUGGUUGUUGCUGGGGUGGAAAGAAGGUUCUGUCAGCAAUGCAGCAGGAUAAGGCCUAUAUCUUGGGCAUUACUGGACCGCGGAAAGUAUUGUUUUAAGCGAAAAAUUCUUCGGGUGAAACAUGUUGAAUGAUCAGGUAGAGUCUACUCUGGCUACAACUGAAAGCGUGGUUGAUCCUUCACAGGCUGCCAUUAGUAUUGGGUCUUUAAGGGGUGAUACUUCACUUAAUGCAUGCUCCUCCCAGGCACAGGCUGCAUAUCAUAGAGGUUAUGAUGGUAUGAUUAGCAGAAUGGGAGUUCAUCUUUCUGAUGGUAAUGUUGAAAGCCAGGGUAAUAGUGUUCAUGGCAUCCGUGAUGAUUCUUCAUCUCUUCCCUUUCAUGGAUAUGGUUAUGGCUCUCAAAUGACGCAUCGACCAUAUGUGCCAUUCACACCCCUUCAAUCUUCUUAUGACGGCACAUUGUACAAUGUGCAAGAGUUCUCCAACUCCAACCCACCUUAUUUCCAGCAGCAUAUCUCACAUAACAUCCAACAUGUUGCAUCGUCAAACCAUAUUUCUGAAGUUCAAUUGCCAGCCCACUCUGAUCCACAAAAUGUAGCUUGCUAUAGUUAUGACCUUGGACUUGGUCAACCACAUACUUUGGGGGCUUUCGGUGAAGGACACCACUUUUCUGGAAUGGUGGGACAGUCCAGGCCCUUGCAACAAGGAUUUGAUGGGAUCGAAAGUGGUAGGUUGUGGCCAGACUGGUCAAAACCUCCGAACGGGACAAACUCUUUUACGCACUUGACUUCAUCACCAUCUUGUCCAAAACCAAUGGCUGCAGUCAGUUUUCCUGAGAAUCAUUUUGCCACGGCUUCUCGCCACAGAGACUCAUUUUAUGACUUUGGAUCUCAUUCAAGUCCCACCUACAAAACCUAUCCCCAAGGUCAAAAAGAUCAUGACUCUGGCUAUGAAGUUUCUCUUCUUAGGACGAAUUGCCGAAACUGGCCUACACUCGAUGAAUCAAGGCGUGUGGGAAGGUGCAAUGAUUUCUCAUGCAGUUGUACUGUUGCCCUUGAUACACUUAGUGAGCGAAAUAAAGGACCUAGGGCAUUUAAGCCCAGAACCCAGACAGUAAGAAACGAGCCCAUGGUUGACAUUCACAGGACUGUGAUACAUGAUGGCUGUAGUGUGUCUCAUCACAACAAACUGGAUUUUGUCGCCGACUACAAGGAUGCAAAGUUUUUUGUGAUAAAGUCUUAUAGUGAGGACAAUGUGCACAAGAGUAUAAAAUAUGGUGUCUGGGCAAGUACUCAGAAUGGAAACAAGAAGCUAGAUGCCGCCUACUGUGAAGCCCAGGAGAAACAGGGGGCAUGUCCCGUCUUCUUGCUAUUUUCGGUCAAUGCUAGUGCUCAGUUCUGUGGAGUGGCUGAGAUGAUUGGACCAGUGGACUUUGAGAAAAGUGUGGACUACUGGCAGCAGGACAAAUGGACUGGACAAUUCCCUGUGAAGUGGCAUGUAAUCAAAGAUGUCCCCAACAGUCAGUUUCGUCACAUUAUCCUCCAAAAUAAUGAAAACAAACCUGUCACUAAUAGCAGAGACACUCAAGAGGUUCAGUUGGAUCACGGGAUUGAGAUGUUGACCAUAUUCAACAAGUACGUGAGCCAUUCAUCCAUACUGGAUGAUUUUGAGUUCUACGAGGAGAGGCAGAAGACAAUGCAGGUCCGUAAGUCAUCGAGACAGCAGCAGCAGCAGCAGGCCAACGUACCAUCCUCUGCAGCUGCCCCUUCUGCUGCAUCUCCUCCGAAGUCGGCUAGCCCACCGGGUCGCGUGGUGUCACUUCCCAGUGAUGUCAUCAAGAAGAUGUCGAAGAGCUUCGCUGAAGCUGUUUCUGUGAAGGAAGACGAAAAACAAUCGUGACGAGAAAUAAUUUAGUCUUUGAGUGGUAAUUCAAGUAAGACAUUUGCGUCCGGUAACUAAAAUGGGGACUUAAGACUUAGGAUGGAGGGUAAAAACAAGGUGGUUUCGAAUAUUUGAUGAUUGCAUGUGUUCAUAAUCAAGUUCAAACUGGGGAUGGUUUUGAACUGUCCUUUCACAAACCCUGAAACUUGGGAUUUGAGGUUUUAACAACAAUGCACCAUUGAUUCCCUUUCUCUGC